AUGAAAAAUUAUACAACAAUAAAAACAUUUAUCCUGGUGGGACUAACAGAUGACCCACAUCUACAGAUUCUGCUUUUUAUCUUCUUGUUUCUAAUCUAUUUGUUGAGUGUUGUUGGAAAUUUGACCAUCAUGACCCUCAUUUUGGUGGACUCCCACCUUAAAACACCUAUGUAUUUUUUCCUCUGGAAUUUUUCCAUCUUGGAAGUCUCAUUUACAACUGUGUGCAUUCCCAGAUUUCUCUACACAAUGGCAUCUGGGGACAAUACUGUUACCUAUAAUGCAUGUGCCAUUCAAUUGUUUUUUGUUGUUGUCCUGGGUGUGACUGAGUUUUUUCUCCUAACAGCUAUGUCCUAUGAUCGUUAUGUAGCCAUCUGCAAACCCCUGCAUUACACGACCAUCAUGAACAACAGAGUUUGCAUCAAGUUCCUCACUGGCUGUUAUAUAAUUCCUCUAAUCAUUGUCAUCCCACCAUUUCGCAUGGGCUUUGAGCUUGAAUUUUGUGAUUCCAAUGUCAUAGAUCUCUUUGGCUGUGAUGCUGCCCCCAUCCUGAAGAUUACCUGCUCUAACACAGAGUUUAUAGAGCGAUUUGUAUUAGUCUUGGUGGUGUUGACACUCCUGUUUACCUUGGUGUGUGUGAUUAUGUCCUACACUUACAUCAUCAGGACCAUUCUCAGAUUCCCUUCUGCCCAGCAAAGGAAAAAGGCGUUUUCCACUUGCUCUUCCCAUAUAAUUGUGGUUUCUAUCACUUACGGAAGCUGCAUCUUUAUCUAUGCUAAACCAUCUGCAAAAGAAGGGGUAGCUAUUAACAAGGUGGUGUCAGUGCUUACCAGUUUGGUUGCCCCAGUUAUGAAUCCCUUCGUUUACACACUGAGGAAUAAGCAAGUGAUACAGGCUUUCAAAGACAUGAUCAAAAGGAUUGCAUCUAUCUCAAAGAACUAA